CCUGCUUUCAGCUCGUCUUAGUAACAGGAUCGUGUUCACAUGUUGCUGUUUUGUUUCUACGGAGACAUGAAUCGCCUCUUAAAUGCCCCGUAUCCUGAAUCAAAGGGCGAAGAAAGUCGACGAGAAGUUUAAUCCGAGGCCAUCUAGUUUACACUUAGAAUGAAACAUCUGGACAUGGACACAGUUUCGAGCUCAGUGCUGAAAUCCAGGGUAAGGUCAAGUCCACACUCUGUGAAGCAAUGGCAGUUACCCAGUAUUGACUUCCACCCUGCCAUAACUGAGAGGCUACUGACAACCACAGAGACUAGAUUUAGCACCUGGACCCCCAUCACCAACAAGAUAUCUAAUCAACAGCUUUUUCAGGAAAGGCUGAAUCUCAUUCUCCACUGGUUUGACCUGUGGACUGACCAUCAGAGAAAACAGUUUAUUCAUAAUGUGCUGAUGAGGUGUUCGAAAUCCCAACUCAAGUUCACAAGGGAUUGGUUCACAGAGGUUGUUCCUGUUACCAACCUGGACUUCACAUCUGUCCUACCACGCUGCAUUUCCCUCUACAUCCUCUCUUUCCUCAACCCUAAGGAGCUGUCCCAGGCUGCCCAAGUCAGCUGGCAUUGGAAGUUCUUGGCUGAACAGGAUUGUUUAUGGAUGCCUAAAUGUGUGAGGCAUGGCUGGUUCCUGCCCUACAGCCCCUCAGACAAUGAAUAUGGUGCCUGGAAGAGACACUACGUAGCCUGUGUCAUGAAUCUGGACUACUUGACACCCCGUGAGGCUGCAGACAUCUAUGGGACUCUGAAUGAGCCAAAGGAAGAGGCAGAAGAGCUGGAAGAAAGACUAAGGGAACGCAUGAUAAGGAAAACGAUACGGGAGAAAGUGACAGAGUAUAAAAAAGCUUCAUUAAAAUCAAGACCUGCCUGGCUGAGCAACAGUUGGACUGCAGGGAUGUCCAAAGUCCAAAGUGACAAUCUUCAGGCACACCUGAAGCAGGAGGGAUUAACUGCUGCUCUAGUGCUUUUAGGGGAGAAGACUCGGUCCCAGUGGUCACUCUCCAAGCUUUUGGCACAGGAAAACCAGGGUACCUUACAGAAACAGCUGUUGGUUACUUCAUUAAAGUCAUUGCCUAAGAGGAAAAAUGUGUCAAGUGGCAGUCCUUACCCUGUGCCCCCACAAAGAAUGAACACAGAGAAAAUAUGUGGCAGCCCACCAUGUCAGUCUGCACUCCAUGUUCUCCUGGUGUCUUCCAGGGUGCCUGGUUAUGAGAUGCUUUUAUACAGUACAAAGGUGAGGGUUGUUCCACUCCUUUAUGAUUACUGUGGCACAACACUGGAAGCUUUGCUGUAUAGAGUGGAACAGGCACUACAAGGGCAGGUCACCCAGAGUGUGGGAAUCUUCACAGAGGGGAACCCAGGGGAGAUUGCUCUAUUACAAGACUGCACAAUCACUGAAAGGACUGUUCUGAGCCCUAAGGUGAGAGAAUUCUGGGAGAAACUGUCAGGCUAUGUGUCAGAGGGAGGAAGUGUGGACAUUUUUUUUCCUCUGGCAGUAUCAGAGCCAGGAAAGGACAUUAUCUCAAAAAUCUCAACUUUAACAGGACUGGAUGUGAGCACACCCAUCGGGAUUACGACUGGAUCAUACCAUCACAUCCUCAGUGAGUGGCUGGGCCGAACCUCAGGCCCCUGUUCCUCCUACUUCAAUGAGGCUCCUUUGCUGUGGUGGUGCAGGCAGGCUGAGCGGCUCGACCAGAUACUCAAGAGCCUAGGAGAGCAGAUGAGACCCCAGCUCUGUGAACUGCAGGCGGAAAUGUGUGGAAGAGUCAUUGGUCAGUUUUUGUUUGAUGCUGCAGCCGUGUCAGAAAUUCAUGCAGACUUGGAGUUAACUCGGGCCUUAACUGAAGGACUAGCAGAACUGUCAAGAGACAGAUGCGAGAAUCCUUUGGAAUUUUUGUCAGAUUUCCUUCAGAGAAGAGCUGAGGGGGGAAGUGGAGAGAAGUCACAUAAGGCUUUUUUGACAGAGUGUGACCCAGGAAACCUCACUGAGCACCCCAAGAGUGUGGCGGCACAGGUGGGCUCUGCGGACAGGCGCACUGUGUUUGCCAGGGAGCUCCUGCAUAGCGAGAGGGGCUAUGUGCAACUGCUGGAGGUGAUCAGACACGUGUAUGUCAGGUCGCUGAGAGCUGCUUUGUCUUCCAAUCGCGCCAUCCUGAGUUCCUCCAGUGUCCUCAUUAUUUUCACCGAUAUCCUUGACAUCCUGGAGAUCAACAGCCAGUUUCUGGAGGAACUGACAGAAAGGCUCCAGGAGUGGGGUCCUGCCCAGUGUGUGGGAGAUGUGUGUGUCAAAUUUGGUGCCAGAUUGAGAAGCUACACUAACUUCUUCAAUAACUACUCCACCAUCGUCAGGACUAUUGAUAAGUGCAGAGAGACAAUUCCUUCUUUCCGGGCCUUCCUGAAGAGGCAUGACAAAACACUGGGCACUAAGAUGAUGAGCCUGCAUGACCUCCUGCUGUUACCCUCAACACGCUUUGAGGAAUAUCUGUCUCUGCUGCAUGGAGUGUCCUCACACACUCCCCCCGAGCACCCUGACCAUGCUCAUCUGAGCUCUGCGCUGGACACCCUCACGCGUUACAGGGACUUCAUUCGCCAGCUGAAACAGACUGUGAAUGGGGAUUCUAAGAUGAUGGAAGCGCAGAAAAUGAUUCAGAGUUGUCCAAAUUUGAUGGAAGCAAACAGGUAUCUCAUCAGAAUACAAGAUGUUGCCCAGCUGAGCUCUCCUGACAAAGAGAUUAAUGCUUCACUCAGGAUCUACGAGCAUGUGAGUGACCUCAGUCUGUUCUUGUUUAAUGACGCUCUGGUCAUCUGCAGCAGACACAUCUCCCAUGUGCCUUUUGAACAUGGCUGCAAGAGAACACUCGUCUUCCUUGCCUCAGUGGCCCUUCACAGGCUUGCCAUCGCAGACAUCACCGACACAAAAUAUGUAAAGAAUGCAUUUGCUCUUCAAGGACCAAAACGCCAAUGGAUUUGUGCAACUGAGAGGGAAGAAGACAAGUUUACUUGGAUAUCAGCUUUACAAAGCGCAGUUAAUGCAGCAAUUGAAAAGCAUUAAAGCUUUUGCUUACCUUGGAGUACUUGAUAAGGUUGCUUUCCCAGUUUUGAAUAGCUUUUGAAAAGACUAGUUUGUUUAAUUAUGUAAAAAACAUUUGAGGUUUUUAAAUGAAGCACUAUUACAAUUAAGUGAGUACAUGUAGGCAUUAUGAUGCAACACGCUUGUGUGGUUGGAGUUGUGAGUUUUAUUUUCAAGAUCCUAAAUUCUCCAUAUUUGUAUAAAACACAUGUAAUGAUAAUGUGCCUGUAUGUUGCUCUGCACUUUUGUAAAUUUCGGAUCCACAAAAUAAAAAUGUAGUCA